AGCGUCCCACGUAGUCAUCAGUCCGGGCAGCGCAUUGCACCCAUGGAUAUCCAGAAUACAAACAAAACGAAAAGAGGCCGGGCCGUAUCGAAAAACAGUCAGCAGGAUCGUGUGCCAGUCUUAAAUAUUCAUGGGCCAUGCAAGUCGCGUUCAAGGUUGACCCCGAAGGGGGUUAGUUGACGAAAGGCGGUGCCCGCUGCAUUCCUGGGGGCCAUGGCGUCCGGCCAAAACAGCCUGUCCAAGUCCGGUUCGCAGGAACGGACCGAUCUGGUCGCCUACUGGAGCGUACCGCUUCUGGACGGGGUGCACACCGUCGAGUUCGAGCACGGCACCACCACCGGCAAAAGGGUACUACGUAUUGACGGCAAUGAAAUCGUCCGCAGGGACUGGAUGUUCAAGCUGGUGGGCGAGGAAAGGUUCAACUUGGGCAAGCAGAACGCGAUAUGCGAACUGAGGGUGGAUCCGCUGCCGCACUUCUCCUUUUCCUACAGCCUGUUCGUCGACGGAAAACCGCUGGGGAAGUUCACCGAGAAACAAGUGCAGACUAUCAGAUCCUGGGCGGUUUUGACCUGUGGCAAAAGAUACAGGGUCGUGUUUGAGAAACAAGCACUCAAUAUUUGGGUAAACGGACAGAAUAUCGAGGCGGAGAACGUGUUUGUUGACGACGGGACGGAGAUGAGAUUCGAUCUGGACCACUCUCAGGCGGUUAUAAAAGCAUCGUCCGCGGAUAAGAAGCAGGGAGUUAUUCACCAGCUUUACGUCAACGGAAAAUUAAUUGAAGAAGACACUUUAACAUAGUUUUUCUUUUUAAAUGUGUACUUAAAGUGUAGUAUUACUAAAUAACUUUAAUAUAGAUAUACAAAAAUAUUUUUACAGUGGCGAAUGAUACAAAAAGUAUUUGCUUGACGUUAUAGACAAUACAAUAAAGAUAUUGUGUAUCGA